GAUCAUGUUAUCAUCAUUACAAAUUACUUACCUUCUUACUUACGUUUAUUACUCCUAAUGGAGUAUAGGCCGCCAAAAAUGUCAUCCACAUUGACGAUAUUCAAAUUUGAAUGAUCCCUUUUAUUAUCAACAACAAUUCAAGAAUCUUGAACACUAUCAUCAAUAUUAUCUUCAAACAACGCUAGUAUUACAACAACAACGACUAUGACGACAACGACGAGUACGACAACUAAUAGUACUAUCCCUAAGAAUGAUAUAAAUUAUGAUUCAUUACAAGAAAUCAAUCAAAAGAAAUUACAACAGAAAUCAAUAAAUCGAUCAUCAUUAUUAUCAUCAUUUCAUAAUUCAUAUUAUCCAAAUAAAAAUAAUCAAUUAUCAUAUUACAAUAAUCGAUCAUCAUCAUUAUCCUCAUCAUCAAAGCGUAUUAAUCCUACAUUAAAUUGGUAUUUAUCAAAUUUAAAAUUAAAACAAAGAAUAUACUACUUAAAUGAUCAUGAUCAUGAUCAUGAUGAUGAUCCUUCGGUACAACAAAAAAAUAAAAAAAAAUUUUUUUUAAUUAAUUCAUAUUCUGAUGAAUUUAUUAAUGAAAAAUCAAAUGAUAAAUCAAAAUCAUUAUCAUAUAAUAAACAAUUAUUAGAAAAUGUUACACAAUUACCACCCAUGGCAACAUCAUCAUCAUCGGCAUCAUCGCCAUUAUCACCACAGCAACAACAACAAGAGAAGAAAAAGAAGAAGAAUCAACAAAGACAGAGACAACAACAACAACAACAACAACAUCGACAACAACAUAGUAAAACAUGGAAUGGUAAAAAACCUAAACGUAAUUUAAUUUUAGAAGAAUGGAAAAGAAAAUCAGAUACUGUACAAAAUUUUACUAAUAUUGAGAAUGUAUCAUUUUCUACAAAAAUGUUGACAAUACGUUUUUGGAAUGGUGAUGAACUAAAAUUGAAUCCAUUACCUUCAGAAAAAUUAGGAGAUGUUAUACGAUCACAUUUAUCUGAUUUAACUAUACCAAUACAAUGUAUUGAUUUGAUGAGUAAAGAAUGUAUACCGUGGGAAACUCCUACAUUACAAUUAUCAUCAAAAACAUUAUUGAUUAAAAAAAUCCAUAAAAACAAGGUCACUCCACCUGGUAUUCAUCCGAUGAAAAAAAUGGAAAGACGAUCAGCUCCUCCAUUUGAUACAACCUCUGGUGCAUUGAAAAAUUGGUUUGAUUUUUACAAAAAAAGUAACAGUAUGAACUCGUAUUCAUUAUCUGACCAAUUAAUAACUGAUUGUUUAUGUGAAUUAAACCCAAAUAUGCUAGUAAAUUUAUUAGGUGGGCGACAGAAAUUAUUCGAUGAAAAUUCAAUUACACCUACACCAUUAACUGCAAUCUCAAGUCUUGAUGAAAUAUUUCGACAUAGAUCAAAUUCUUAUUCACGUGUUGAAGAAAUUCAACAUCAAAAUCUGCCAAAUAAUCAACCAUUUGAUAGUCAAGAUUUAGCUAAUCUAUUUUUUAUUGAAGAAUCAUGGGAACAAAUUGUUAAGUCUUCUUCAAAAAUGACAAAACAACAACAAAAAAGACAAUCAGCUAUUUGGGAAUUUAUAUACACUGAAGCAAAUUAUAUCAAGUAUUUACGUACUAUUAUAGAUUAUUAUUUAGCACCAUUUUUGGAAAUACGUGAAUCUUUAUUUGAGAAUUUAGAUACUGGAUGGAUAUUUGGUAAUAUUGAAGAAAUAUUCAAAGCAAAUAUUAAACUAUGGUUACAAUAUCUAACUGAACCAUUGAGAGAAAUUCGUCGUAAUGGUGAUGCAUUUACACCGGUUAUCUUUAAAAGUGCAAUAACACAUAUUUCUGACUUAUUCAGUGUUUACAAACAAUACUAUGUGAAUUUAUCUCGUUGUCGAUCAUAUACACAAGAAGCUGUUAGACAAAGUACCAACUUUUGUACAUUUCUUGAGUGGGCUGAUCAACAAGGUCAUGAUCAUCGUGAACCAUUAUGGGAUCAACUGACAAAACCAACUACACGACUAACACAGUAUCGUUUAUUAAUGGAAUCAAUACGGAAAAACUGUUGUAAUUCUACUGAAGAACAAGAAGUCAGUGAAAUGUUCAAUUCAAUCAGUGAAUUCAUUGAAGAAAUUAAUCAACAAAUGAUGACUGAAACAAAAACAUGGGAAAGUUUAGAAUUGUUGGCAUCCAAAUUAUUAUGUUGUGAUUUUUUAGACAAUAAUGUUGAUGAUUAUACACAAUUGAUUAGUGAUUAUUCAAGAUUUAAAUUUUCAAUCCUUAGUCCAAUCAAAUUACCAUCUCCAGUGAUAUUAUUUAAUGAUUAUCAUUCCAUUAGUCAAUCUAUACCUUCAUGUACAAAAUCUUUAGCCUUUUUACGUAAUCGACGUUUAAGUGGUUCACCAUUAUUCACUUCUAACAAUUCAAUAUCAGAUGCUCGAACUAUAUCAAAUCAUAAUACAACAAGUUGUAAUCGUAGUGAUUCCGGUAUUGGUGAUUGUAAUCAAACAUUAUCUACAUCAUUAUCAUCAACAGUAUCAAGAGAUUAUACUUCACCGACAGGUUUCAAACAACGUUCAAGAAUUUAUAGUUUAACGAAUCCAGCCACUGAAUCAUUUUCAUUUCCGGUAAAGUUAUCACGUAUUUUUGAAGGUGGUAAAAUACAAAAAUCCAUUUCUCUGGAUACAGAAUUUUCUGAUUCUAUUUCAUAUGAUUGGUCAGAUAUUCAUUAUAGGCGAACUAUUCAACGUACUGUAUUAUAUGGAGGAAAUUUACGAUUUAAAGAACCACCAAAUCGUUCCAUAGAAACUGUUUGCCAUAUUUUAACGGAUUUAUUUUUAAUUACUAAACAACAUAAAAAAGAUGGUAAUGAUUAUUGGAAAUUAAUAAAAAAUCCUAUACGAUUAGAUAAGUUAAUUAUACAACGUGGUCGUGAAACUGGUGUUUUUGCUUGCGCAAUUCUAGAUGAUUUUCAUAAUAUUGCUAAUCUAUAUAUUUUUUCUGCUGGACCUAAAUGUGAUGAAUGGAUUACACAGAUUGAAUCAGCAAAGGAAAAUUAUCGUAAACUAAUGGAACCCGAAAUUUUAAUUGCUCAACCAUUAAUGAAAUAUCAACGAGAUGAUUUAUCUACUAUUAUAAUGUCACCAGAUUCUAUGUGUAGUUCAGAUAAUAAUUCGGAGUUACACAAUCAACCAUAUGGUCAGUUUGUUGAUACUACACCUACUUCUUGUAACAGUAUAAACUCCGGUAAAAAUAUUAACAUUGAAGGAAAUAAACGUAAUGUAUUCUUUGAAUCACAAUCAUCCUUAUUUGAAUCUAUCAAUUGUAAUCAUACUAAUCAUAACAAUCAAACAGAUUCCAUGUGUAUUAUAGAUAAACGUAUUAGAUCAAAUAAUUCACCAACGAUUAUAAAAAAUCAUCAACGUUCCAGUUCUAGAUCAUUCAAUUAUACUUCAAUUGAACAUGAUUCAACUAAAAUGAUUCAUUCAACUAGUGUUCGAAAUCUAUUUUCAUCUAAUACUUCAGAUUGUCAUCUAUUACAUUUAUCAUUAAAUUUAACUGAAACAUCAAAAUCAACUACUUCACAUUUACCAUUAAAAAAAGAUUUAGCUAAAAAAAAAUUUUUAUCUAAUAAUCAAAAUGAACAAAAAUAUUUUUCAAUGAAUUAUCAAAAUAAAUCAAGAUUUCCACGUGAUUUAAAUGAUCAACAAUUGAAAUCUGAAUCAACCAAUUUAGAUUUAGAUAAAGUCAGUCAUACAAUCCCUAUUCGUCAAUCGUCAAGGUUUACAUCUUCCGAAAUCAAUAAUAAUAAUAAUAAUGAUCAAUCAGCAAUGUAUGAUAUAAAAUCGAGUAAUUCUACAUUGUCAUCAUCAUCAUCAUCAUCGUCUUUAACAUCCUUGAAAACUGAAAUGAAAGUUCCUGUUAAUUAUCCAUCAAUAGUGAUCUGUAAAGUUCAAUCCGAUUCCGAUGAGAUAAUCAAUAAUAAUAAUAAUAAUCGACAUUUACUUUCAACUCGUUUACACCGUUCAUCAGUUCAUCAUUCCUUAUUAAAUAUUGAACGAUCUGAUAGUAGUGAAGAUCAGAUCACAAUUAAAUUAUGAAUUGUUUAUAUAUAUUUUGUAUAUUCUUAAUUGAAUACCUCCUUAUUUUUUCUAUAUGUUAUAUAACCUGGUAAUAUAAACUUAUAUUAUUAUCAGUUUAUUGUACAGUGAUAAAAAC